AUGGCACAAGUCAGCAAGCCGCAAGUGCUGGUGGCUGCUGGAGCGGGCGUAGUGCUGCUGGGGAUUCUUGCUGUGCGCCUCAAGCGAGCACGAGCGCGAAAGGCUUACGAGCUUCCUGCCUGGCUGCGCUGGCUGGAGGAAAGCUCCUCGCAUCUUCGAAUGCGAAUGCGAGAGUGGGAGGAUGGCCCGUGGCGCCGAAGUCGAGGCUGGCACGGCUCAGACCUCAUUCACAGUCCGGACAGCGCAGUGUACAUACCGUGCUACUUCUAUAGCCCAGAGGAGAAGAUUCUGCAGGGCCCUGUGGAGUUUCGCAGCGGGGCCGAGAGCCACCGAGGGAUCUGCCACGGUGGAGCUAUGACUUCCGCCAUGGACGACGUCCUGGGCCACCUCGCCUUCCUGGCCGCCGGCACUGGGCCCUGGAGCGGUGCCACGGUGCAGGUGAACUGCAAGCUCAGCAAACCUGUUCGUGUCGGUCAGACGCUGCUUUUGGAAGGCAGAGUUGCGAAGCAGGAGAAGCGAAAGGUUUUUGUCGAGGCCCGGAUGCUGGACGAGGCUGGCGACGUUUACGCCACUAUGGACGGUCUCUCCAUCGUAGGUGCCAAGAUCCAGGCCGAGGAAACAGACCUGGACAAGCGUCGUUGGCACUUCGACGAUGAAAUGCGAGCAGUGCUCGACAGCCCGGACCAUCGGCAUGUGCUCGGAGGCCAUCCGCAGUCAGCAAUCAGCCCUGUGCACUUUGAGAGUAAAUGCAGGAGUUUCGCUCAAACUCGAGAAUUCUUUUGCAGCAGUUUCGGCCACGCAGGCAGCUUGGAACGUUCGCCACCAGCUCCUGCACCGUUUUUAGCCAUGGGCUGCGCCUCGACGAAGAUUACCUCCUUCGACAAGCUCGAAGAGCUGUUCCACGAGCCGGGAGUCAUGCCCAUGCCAAUGCCCCGAAGGACCAGCAAGAGGGUGGUGAGAACCGGUCCCACACAGGUGUGUACGCCAGCACAAGACUCACUGGACUACCCGCUGCCUCAUUCAAUGGAGGCGGAUUCCGAGACAAGGUCAGACUGCCGGCCUGGCAUUGAUCGGGUCUGCGUCCCUGUCCAUGUUCCAGAACACCUGCGAGGGGUCAUCGGAGAGGAGCCGAUGCUCAGAAGCUUCAGAGAACCUUCCGAGACCGAGUGCUCGUGGAACAUGCCAAGCUUUCGUGAGCGCUCUGGUGAUCUGCCAGUGGGUGUUGUGGUCCCCCCGGAUUACGAGAUGCACAUCUGGCACAUGCAGAAUCUCAACCGGUUUCUGAAGCUAGUCUCCACGUCGCCAUACAAGCUGGAAGACGAAGUGGCAAGAAAGAGGAUGCUAAGUGGAAUGGGCCGAGGGCAUGUAGACAUGCUUGCUCGGAAGACAGCCCAGAAAAGUUCCCUGCAUUGUCUGGGCCUCCCGUAG